AUGAUGGCAUCUUCGUCGGAGUUAAGAGAGGGGGUGAGGAGUUUUGAGUCGAUUGACAGAUAUAUAAAGGUGAGGACGAUGCCACAUAGAUUGAUGGAAGAACAACAAGCACAAAACAUUAUCAUCUCUACACCCUAAACAUCUCUGCAGGGAGAGGACACGUCGCCCAUCAAGAUUUAUAAGUGAAUCCCGCAAACAAGCAUUCAGAUAUACCGUCAUGGCUCGCAUUUGGUUCGUCACCGGUUCAUCCAAGGGCCUCGGCCUUUCCAUUGUCGAAGCGGUCCUGGCUGAUGGUGAUAACGUCGUUGCCACUGCCCGAAAUCCUGACACGGUAAAGCAUCUUGUUGAGAAGUAUGGGCCGGAUCGCAUCCUGCCUUUAGCGCUUGACGUCGUCAAUAACGAUCAAGUUGAGAGCACUGUCAAGGCCGCAGUCGAUAAAUUCGGCCGCAUCGACGUUGUAGUCAACAAUGCCGGCUAUGCUAUUCCACGAGCACUUGAAGAUACAUCCAUUGACAUCUACCGGGAUCAAAUCAACGCCAACCUUCUCGGCACUGUCUAUGUCACCAAGGCUGUACUCCCCAUUUUGCGCAAGCAAAGGUCCGGCCGCAUUCUGCAGGUAUCCUCUGUCGGCGGCCGGCUAGCAACUCCCGGCCUAUCAGCCUACCAGGCCGCUAAGUGGGCUGUUGGCGGCUUUACCUCCGUUGUGGCUAAAGAAGUUGCACCGUUCGGCAUUAAGCUGACAGUGCUGGAGCCUGGCGGUAUGAAGACCGAUUGGGCUGGUUUUGCAGACGAUGAAAUCGCCAUCAGCGAGCCGUAUCAGCAAACAGUCGGAGCAUUCCAGAAGCUGCGGGAACAAUACAAGAAUUAUCGGUCUGAACCGGCUAAGGUGGCUGAUGUAAUUGUCAAGAUUUCGAAGGAAGAAGAGCCGCCCCUGAGACUUCUUCUGGGUCCUGAGACAGUGGAUCUGGUAAAGCAAGCCGCGGAGCAGCUCGCGGUGUCGGACGAUAAGUGGAAAGCUGCAACAUUACUAUCUAUCUAGAUGGUUAUAUUCGGACAUGAAAACGGGCCAGCGGGUCUUGAUUAGAGAUUAUCUAGAAAUAUACUUAGCGUGUAU